UUCAUGGCGUAUGAUUUCUUUGCUAUUGUAGCUAACCUUUUCAUUUCUUGGCGUUCAGAGUUAUUUUCUUUCUGACUGUUUGGUCGUUCAGACAGUAGAAAGAAACCACAAUAUCAAUAAAAUGGGUUUUUUUUUUAUUGUUUUGUUAACUUCUUUUUUCUCUGCAUCCAAACAUAAAUGUAGGAAUCUUACUUCUCACGGGCCAUGUAUUUGAACUGUUUUAUGCAAUAUUUAUUACCAUUUGUGAGUUAAUAUGGAGAAUGAUAAUAUGGAGGAGUGGGAGAGUGCAUACUAUCUGUCUAAGAAAUUGUCCAGGUUGUAUGAAGCAAAUUGUGAAGAAAAGAAGAAGGUGCAAGAUAUUUCAAAGGAAAAUGCAAAGUUGAAGCAGAGGAUUAAGGAUUUGGAAAAUGAACUGAAGGGAAAACAGAAAAGGAACAAGGUAGUUGUCAAAGAAGGACCUGAGGCUGACAAAAAGCUUAUCGGUGUUCGUAUUGCAAAUGAGAAUAAAAGUGAGCAUGAGUUGAAUGUAAUAAGAACGCUCUUCAUUAAGUACUUUGAAAGUGUUUUGCCUUCUGGUCAUUUCGGUGUUAAGAGAAUUGGUGAACUGGACUACAAACCAUUCGAUGAAGCAAUGAAAUUCCCCAAGGACAACCAGAAUGAAGCUCUUAAGAAAUGGAAGUUAUGGAGAAAAUGCCUUAGAGAUCCACUCUGGAAACCUUUCAAAGUUGUCAACAUCCAAGGGAAACCUACGAAAAUUGUUGAUGAGAAUGAUAAUAAGCUGAAAAGACUGAAGGUGGAACUGGGGGAAAAUAUUAACAAGGCGGUCAAAACUGCAUUAACUGAGAUGAGUGAGUAUAAGUACCCUGGUGGUCGUUUUAUAAUAACAGAGCUAUGGAAUUUUGAGAAGAAUUGCAAAGCUAGUUUGACUGAGGUGGUUGAGUUUAUGAUCAAUCGUUACACACCUUUAGGACCACCAAGGUGAAUAAUUCAUCAUCAAUGCUUUUGCCACUGCCUUGAAACUUCUUUAGCAACAAGAUAAUUUUGUCAAUGGUGAAUGGUUUGGACUAACAAUUUUCAUGUGUAUAGAUAUAUUUUGGGAAGUAUCUUUUAUCUUUAUGUUCUUGCUUUUGUUUUGUGAUCUUAGUGUUACCAGAUGAUAGGCUGGUCAAUAUUAUGCUUUUUUUUUAGUUAAAAUGGACUUUGAUUUUCAUCUUCA